AUGUUCGACCAAUUGAACACUACUGGUUGUAGUGUUUUCCAUCCUCAAGGAAAUGAAAUUAUUAUAAAUACGGAAGUGUGGGACACGCGUACAUUCCGUUUGCUACAUCUCGUUCCUGGCCUGGAGCAUUGCAAGCUUGUUUUCAACAGCUCAGGGAAUAUUGUUUACGCUGCUAUGUACUCUGACUGCGCCGACGUGUUCCGGAACACCUACUGUGCAUCGUUUCGAACAUUCGACACUUCGGAUUACUCUGUGAGUACCAGCUUACUUACCUUUCUUAUCUUGGAUGUCUUGGACACGGGUCUUGUUUGA